UGACGUCAUUUUUGCGCGACGCUCUUUUUCGCAAUGGUAAAUAAACGGUUCAAUCGUUCAGCCUUUUAGUCUACGUUUCUAAUCCUAUAUUAACAAUGGUACGAAAUUAUUUGUUUAAAAGUCGUCCAAUAGUUCAGUAUAUGGCUAACAAAGCGCCGUAUGUGAUUAAAUACUUUUAAAAUUUUCACUGUAGCUGUCUAAUACGUCUAAAUUUCAAGAUUUUGCUUAAUAUGAAUAGGUUCAGUUUUUGGAGUCAUGUCAUUGUUUUUUUCGUUUGUUGUAUAAUUCAACAUCCUGAAAUAAUAGCAGGUUUGUGUAGAAUCAGAUAGCUUGCUUUACAAUGAAUUCAGACCUGCAAAUAGAAUCGCACACAUCAACGUAAUAAACGCAAGUGAUGGAUAACGAAGAAGAUCUGGAGUCACUUGGGGAGAAACUGUACGACCGCGUUUCUCUUAACCACGCUGACAUGGCUCCAAAACUAACAGGAAUGCUGCUGGAGCUCCCAGGGGCUGUAAUCAGUCAGAUGCUGCAGGAUGAAGCUCUCCUUUCCAAAGCACUAGAGAAAGCACUGGCAGCCCUGCACCAUGAUACCAGUAAAUCACCAUCACAGGAAGACGACGUCGACUCUGUGUCCUUGGACUCCCUGGGAGAGCAGCUGUAUGAGCUUAUCAACCUUUACGACACAGGAUACACCCAGAAAAUCACAGGGAUGUUGUUGGAGCAGGAGAAAAAGGUGGUGCACCAGCUGUUGUCUGAUCCAGUCCUGCUGGAGGAGAAAGUCAACAUGGCACUGAAAACCUUACAGGGGGCUAGUUGUACACAGGGUCAAGGGGAGACUGAUGUGAGUGACAUCUCUGACCAAGAUGAAGUGGAAGUGAUUGGAGAGAAACUAUUUGCACUUGUACAAGAGAUUGAACCAGUCCACUGUGCUGAUAUCACCGGUAUGCUGUUGGAAAUGGACCUCGGCAAACUGCACCAGAUUCUGUCUGAUCGGACCAUGCUGGUAUUUGCAGUGCAGCGAGCAAAGAGCGCUCGGGAGAACGCACUGAAUCAGGCCCAACCAGACACACACUAAAUACUACAUAAUAUCUUAUUUAUGGAUUUCAGUGGGGGAAAUAAUUAUUUGAUCCCCUGCUGGUUUUAUAAAUUUACCCCUUACAAAGAAAUGAACAGUCUAGAAUUUUUAUGGUAGGUUUAUUUAAACAAAGAGAAAGAAAAAAUAAAUUAAUAUUAUAUAUAAAUUAAUUUGAAUCUGAUUGAAUGGGCGAAUAAUGUUCGGGCCUCACAUAGAACAUUAAAGAUGGGUGGUGGAUGGGUCUUCCAGCACGACACUGACCAAAGCGUUGGGCCAAGGCAACAAUCUGAUGCUCUUGUAGUACAUUCCAGCCUUGUGCAGGUCCCUGACAUCCCGUGACCGCUUUUUGGUCUUGCCCAUGGUGGUGGAGAGGUUUGAAUGGAAGAGAUUGAUUCUGUGACGGGGGUCUUAUACACAUAAUCAGUUGAUAUUAGAAGUUCUUUCUUAAAAGGACAGGACUAAUUUGGGUCUGUGGGAGUCAGAAUUCUUGCUAAUUUGGUAGGGGAUCAAAUACAAAUACAUUUAUAACCUUUCUUUAAUGUUUAUUUUUUUAUGAAUUAUUUUUAUAUUGUCUCUUUCUGUUAAAAUAAACCCACCAUAAAAAUUCUACACUGUUCAUUUCUUUGUAAGGGAGUAAACUCACAAAAUCAUCAGGGGAUCAAAUAAUUAUUUCCCCCACUGUAAAGCAAAUAUGGAGUGGGAAAUGUGCUCUUCUACUGCAAUUCUCUUUCUGCAUUAGUUUUCGUUAUAGAUACGAGAUAUUUUAUGAUCUAAGAAUUUGAGGUGGUUGUAUGUAGUUGGACAAUCCUUUAUUUAAAGGAAACAGUAAAACGUUUUUAAAGAAAAUCUCUGAUCCUGAAAACAUUAAUAAAUCACCACCACGAGAGGUU